GUUCUAAACGUUGUAUCGAACUGAGUCAACUUGGCCUAGCCUUCUUGGUUUUGGUGGCAAGUAAAACAAGUCAGUAGAUGGAAAUGUGACUGAAACAGGACUCAGGGCGAGUCAUGCCGGUUUCCAUUUCCUGGCGGGUCUUACCCCAAAGGUGCUAUUUAAAACUGCCAUGUGAUGCAUGAAUGAUAUCUUUCUCUAUCCCUUGUUGUAUUGAGUUAUUGUAUGAUGCUUGGUCGAGCAAAGCGAAAACAUACAAGCUUUAGGAGUUUGUUUCCAGAAUACUUAAGCUGUUCACCAGCUUGGCCCAAACACCCAGCUGCCCUUGCCUUAAGAUCAGGCCACAUGAAUCAACAGGUGGGCUACAUCUCCCAAACCAAUAGAAAACCGGAAAAACAUUUGCCCAAGUUUUUCUAAACUAUCCAAUUUUUUUUCCCCCUAACAUUAUGGCCUGCCUGAUGAGCGAAUGGCCUGAUUUCAAGGUUGGGUCAUCUACAUGGUGGGCUCCACCUGGUGGGCAGUCUGGAUCUCGCCGAGUGUGCCACAUUGGUGCAUGUGGUGGUGUGUAUUGGAGCUGUAUCAUUCAGUGUUGGAUUAGCAAACCUCUCCACCUUGCAGAAUUUUAAAUCUAUAGCUCUAUGUUGAUGAUAUCUUGUCUGAUUUGUUUUCUUCAUCUACAAGCAGAAAUACAUAAAAUCAACAGAAAGAAGCCUUGGAAAUGGAUGAAGCUUGUAAAGAGCUGGAUGAACUUAAAGCAGCAAUGAAAAGGCUCACUGCUGACUAUCACGCAAAAGCCGAAUUGUCUGAGAGUUUAAAGAAAGCCCACAGUGAACAGCUUGUUAAGGUCCAAGAGGCAAAAACCGAGAUUGAGAAGCAAGCUCAAGAACUAAGCGCGCAAAGAGAUGAGAUUUCUCACGCCAGGCAAAUGUAUGAAGAACUAAAGUCUGAUUUGCACGAGAAAGAAUCAAUGCUGAGACAUCUGAGUUCUGCAAACAAUCAGCUCCGGACCAACUGUGAUGAGAAGUUGCAGAAGCUAGAAACAGAGAAUAGGAAAUUAGUUUCUGCCUUGGAUGAAUCAAAUGCAAAAACAGAAGAUCAGGGGCAAAAGAUACGUGCAUAUAAGGAAGAGAUCGAAGAUCUGAAAGGCCUGCUUUCCAUCUUGCAGAAGAAAUGUCUUGAUGCAGAGGAAAGAGCAAAAGCGCCUAUGGAACUGAAACAAAGAGAGGAUAUGCUGAUGACAGUGGAACAGGAGAAAUGGGAAAUUAGUGAUCGGCUCAAAUGGAGGAACGAGCAGUUUGAUCAUCUCGAAGAAGCACAUGAGAAGCUUCAAGACCAGUUUCGGGAAAGUAAGGAGGAGUGGGAAUUGGAGAAAUCAACAUUGCUAAAUGAGGUUUGCUCGUUGCAGAUGAAUUUGGAAUCUCAAACUAGAGUUUCUGAAGGUUUUCGCUCUCAGUUACAGAUGUGCAACCAUGCACUAGCUCAGGAAGAAAGCCGAAGAAAGUUGCUGGAAAUUCAAUUGUCUGAAUCCCAAAAAUGCUAUGAGAAUGUUGUUGCAGAAUACCAAGGGGCACAGUCGAUGAUCGAGAGCUUGACGGCAAGAAGAGAUGGAGACAUUGCAGCAUUGAGGGACUCAUUGGCAAUGAAAGAGACCAUUUUCAAAGAAAUGGAGUUUAUAAAAGCACGCCUCGAACAAGAGAACCAGGAGCUGCUGGGAUCUCUAAAAGAACUUCGAGAAGCUCAGAUCAGCCAAGCUGGGGCUGCCCCUCUUUCAAAAUUCCGUCAGAAGCUUAGAGUCUUGGAGCAGGUGCACAAAGACUGUUCUGCUGUUCUCAAAGCCAAAGAGGCUGAAUGGAGUUGCAAGGCAGAAAAGAUGGAGAUGGAAUUGAAUGAAUGUCGGCUUGAGUUGAAUUCCAAAGACAAACAAAUUGAGGAGUUGCAGUCAGAACUAGAAGGUUGUCAUUCAUUGAUGAUGCGACUAAAGGCAGAGAACGAAGAGAUUUCCAUGAUGCUUAUGGUUAUGAAAUCGGAAUUUUCAAAGGCUCACUCAGAACUCAGAGAUUCAGAAGCUGAAACGGAAUUGUGCAGCAAAAAGAAAGAUGAAAAGAUGGAGACGGAAUUGUAUGAAUGUCGGCUCAAGUUGAGUUCCAAAGACAAACAAAUCGAGGAGUUGCAGACGGAACUAGAGGGUUGUCAUUCUUUGAUGAUGCGACUAAAGGCUGAGAACGAAGAGAUUUCCAUGACGCUUAUGGUUAUGAAAACGGAAUUUUCGAAAGCUCACUCAGAACUCAGAGAUUCAGAAGCUGAAACAGAAUUGUGCAGCAAAAGGAAAGAUGAACAGAUUUCUUCCCUGACUGAACAAUUGGAGAAGAAGAACAAUUGCUUGCUUGAAGCCCUAGCAGAGAUUGAGCGAGAACGUGAGAUGAAAGCAUCAUUAAUGCAGAGGGUCGAGUCAUCAGAUUGUAACGAGCAUAAGCUAUUUCUGAUGCAAAAAGAGAUUGAGAAGUGUAAAGAAAUGCUUCAAGAAUCAUCUCACCAUCAGGAUCGACUGAAAGAGCAAGCUUCUAACAGGGAAAGCUCUCUAAGAGAGGAUCUGAGGAAAGUUUCAGAUGCUUUAGACAAGGCAAGCUCCGAUUUAGCUGAGAAAACCAACAAAGAAUCUGAAAUCAAUUUCCAGUUGGAAAGGUUGAAACCAGUUGCAGAACAAAUGGAAGCAUCUAAACUGGACGCAGAAACUCAACUGAAAGCUUGCCAUGAUGAAAACCGAAAGAUGCAAAAAGAACUGGAAGCAACAGUCCUUGCCAAGAUGGAGUCGGAGGAAACCUUCAAGCAAGAGAAAGCUCUCUUUCUCCAAAACGCAGCAGAUAAGGACGAGAACUUCGACGAUCUCCGCCGACAACUCAAUUUACUUGAACAAGAAUAUGCAAGAAGAGAAACAGAAGCUUCUGUUCUUGCAUAUAGGGAGGCAGAGAAGACCUUCAUGCGGGAGAAAGAGAGCUUUCUCCGAAUCAUGGAAGAGAAGGAUAAGAGAAUCGAAGAUCUCCGGCAGCAAUUUCUUUCGCUCGAGCAACAGUACAAAAGAAGAGAAACAGAAACUUCCGUUCUUGUGAAGGAGGCCGAGAAAGACUUCAUGCAAGAGAAGGAGAGAUUUCUCCGAAUUGUAGAAGAGAAAGGUAAGAUGGUAGACAAGCUCCAGCAGCAAAUUGUUUUGUUGGAACAAGAAUCAGUGAAAAGAGAAACAGAAGCUGCCAUUUUUGCAAGAAAGGAGGCUGAUAAAACCUUCAAUGAAGAGAAAGAUGGCUUUCUUCAUAUUGCGGCUGAUAAGGAUAACAGAAUAGAUGAUCUUCAGAAACAGAUUAUGUCACUGGGACAAGAGCUAACAAAUUCAGUCAAAAUGAAACAGUCUGAGAUCGACACCCUUUACAAGGCUUGGGAGAACAUAUCUGCAGAUUGGAUACUAUCUCAGCUUGAAAUUGAAGAGCGGAAGCAUCUCAUUGCCGAACAGGAAGAAGAAUUUGAUGAGUUAAAGAGGAAACUUGAAAUGGAAGAGAAAUCACUGUCUGAGUUGAAGAAAUUGAUAGAGCAGCUUGAAGCUGAAUUAGUUCUGAAACGGUUGGAAAGAGAGAGAGAGAUGGGAAGAUACGAGGAAAUAUUAAGAGGCUUGGAGUCUACUGUACUAAUAUUAGAAAGCCAAGUUGAGGAUCUCAAAGCAGAAAAGAGAGCAUUGCUUGAAGUAAAUGCGAGAUUGGAAUUGGAGAAAGAUGAACUGGUGGACCAGAUGAUAGGAUUUUGUGACCAACUUGACGGAUUUUCGAGAAAAGAUGCAGAACUGAUGGUAAGCUUGGAGAGGAUUACACGGAUAGCCGAAAAUGAGAACAUCUGGUACAAAGAAGAAGAAAAGAAUAUCAAUUCUCACUCAAAAAGGAUAGCCAAAGUCAGUAAUGAUGAAAGAUCACCACUGAAAAUUCUCAACAGUUAGCAUGUGGACAUGGAUGGAAAUGUAUUUUUAACACAUGGAAUUCAUGUUGAAAUCACCUCCAUUGUAUGAGAACAACAGUAAUCUCUCUCUCUCUCUCUCUCUCUCUCAAAUUAAUGUUUGAGCAGAUUGUGUAGGAGCAUUUUCUGUGAGUGUUUCUUUUUUCUUUUUCUUAAUUUUAUAUGCUUCUGUUUCAGCAGAUUGUUGUAGCAUUGUAACUCUCUGAUGGAGAACUUUCUGUUAGGGGGUUUUCUUUGGGCUUCUGUUUCAGCAGAUUGUUGUACCAUUUCCUUAUCUCUCUCAAACUCAUGUAUCAGCAGAAUCUGUAGGAGCAUUAUCUGUUAGGAGAUUUUUUUAAAAUGCUUUUAUUUCAGCAGAUUGUUGUAGCAUUUUCAUCUC